CUUCCCAGCUCUAAAAAGCUUGUCUGGUAUAUUCAGCUUUGUUGGCACUAUUCAAAGAAUGCUUGGAAAUGGAAUAAAAACUAUACAUCAAAAAUGUAUUAUUUUUGUUCCAUUUUAUACCUAUAAGCAACUCCUUUCAGAACGUUCUUUGAACAAUGUUGACAAACUUGAACAAAAACAA